AUGAAUCUCGGUCCAAUUCGGGAAACGGGAGAGUCGAGCUCCUCAUCGAAUUCUUCAACUACUUCUCUAAAUACGACACAACAUGCAAAUAACAGCAACAAUAACAACAGUAGUGGUGCUUUGAGUAAUAGUCUUCCAGAAAGGAACGAAGCAUGGUCUACCACGCUUCAGCAAACACAGACCAAUCAACAACAGCAGCAGUCCCUUUCCUCACCUUACCGAACUCAGCGAACAAAUAGCGGUAACUCGAAUUCCUCGUCACCUUUAAAUCUAUCUUCGGCAUCAUUCUAUCAAUCGAUGGAACCAGCGAGUAGUUUUAUUAGUAGUAACCCUCAAUCAAUGAUGUCUUUCACUACUCCUCAUAAAAAUUAUCCGUUUGAAGCCACAUCGGACUACAACAACAGCAAGAUGGAGACAAUUAAAGAUAAAUUAGGACAUCAUGAUGGAUGGCACACGUUGUGUGCUAACGUGUUGCCUCUAUUUAAUGGGGAAGGAUUGAAGAUGUAUAUCGAAGACUUAAAUGAAUUGUUAAGGGAGUGCAUAAGAGACAAUACACCUGAAUCACUAUACGGUAAUAUAAAUGAAUUAUUGGCGACUGGAAUGUCUACCUUAAAUAGCAAAUUACGCGAUGUUCCUGAUGAAAAACUUGUUUCGCGUCUUAAUGAACUUUGGUCAUUUUACUUUGGAACCGUGAUUCCUUAUUUUGAAGGUGUAUUUCUCCCAUUGCAAAUGCAAGCCAACAAUAAUACUACGAUAAACAUCGCCUCCCAUAAUACUAGUAACGGCAUGUUAUCAUCAACUAGCACAAUUGUAACAACUACUCCUACCAAUACAUUCACAACAACAUCAAACACAAGCAUUAAUGAAGAGUUUAGUGUAAGAAGAAUGGUUUUGAUGAGCUUUCGGGAUCAAGUUAUUUUACCGAUGGGCGAUCGCGUUGAUGACGCGUUCAACAAGCUAUUUCAUGAUUUUGACUCUGGUAUUCCAGUAGCAGAUACGGCUGCACGUAUGCUGCAAAUGACAUACAUUCUGUCUUCAAUCCUGUCGAAUGAUGAGAAGCAAAGCCAAAUGGACCGAAUAUUAGCCAAGCUAAAAAAUAAUUGGAAAUUAUUUAUGCGAAGAGAUCGUAGAGGCAGUGCUGUGACUACUCCCACUACACCAACACCCAAUGUUGCAGGAAUUAGUGGUACUGUAUCCGGCAUUGCAUUAUUUGCAUUCUUGCUACAAUCGGUAGUUUCAACAAAUCUAGCAUUACGAAAAGGAUUUUGUUCGAAAGAAGACCUUCAUCG